AUGACCUCGGAUGGUGGCGAUGAUCCGUCCAAGAAGCCUGUAGAUCCUACUAUUCAGAAGCAGUCUGUUGAGUUAACUCCCGAGGAGUUGGUGCUCUUGAAGAAGAUCCGCGCAAUGGAGUUGGCGGGCCGUGAGCCAACCGACAUCAAGGAUCCGAAGCGAGCAGGCUAUCCGCUAGGGCGUGAAAUGGCACAUUCUACCGGGAUCUGUGAUCUUCCCGUAAAAGAUCAGAGGACUGUGAGGUCCGAGAUGACCAUACUGGAUAUCAUAAAGCUACCCAUAUGUCUCAAGAAACCACGGGGUGGUCCUUCGAGAGAAACACCAUAUCAUUAUUUCAAGUCUAAGGUGCAACAGCAAGUCAGUAUUUAUGGCCUCCGCGGCACUGAGAAGAUGCAGUACAUUAUGCGCUGCAUGGAAGAGCCUGCGUUGGCUGAUGUUCAGGAACUCGUGCUCAACGACUAUUAUGAUCAUGAGAUCUGGGCCGAGCUAGAUCGUCGCUAUGAUGAAGGUUUCAAGAAGUACGGUAUGCACAGCCGAUGGGCUGAGCUUGCCCAAAAUGAUGGUGAGUCGGCUUCCGCUUUCGCUCGGAGGCUCGAACAAGAAGCCCUAUUGAUGAAGUCAUCUGUGGGUCGAAUCAUCAGUCGAGAAGAAAUGUCGACGAAGUAUCGUAAUAGUUUGCGCCCGAAGUUGCGUAAGCGAUUGCACAAGUAUAUAGGCCCGAAGUACAAGGAUUUCGACAAGCUUAGAGAGAUAGCUGACUACUUCGAAGAGUUCGAGAGUAAGCAGCACUCUGGCUCGCUUUCGAAAACUCAACCAUCCUCACGUAAUGCUGGUGCCAAGAGCAACCAAGGCAAGCGCUGUAAGUUUUUUGGUACUGAAAGAGGAUGCCGGUUGGGCGACAAAUGUGAUUUCAAGCACGAGAAAACACCCCAGAACAAUGGACAAGAUGGUCAACAAGCGGCUGGCAAGAGCACAUCAGUUGCUAAGCCAGGCGGACCACCAGCUAAUUCGGGAGUGUGUUAUCAAUUCUACAACACCGGUACAUGCAACCGGGAGAAGUGUUUGUUCAGACAUGAACGUCCUGACAAUGCUCAGACUAGAAGCUCAGUAAAUGUUGUCAUGGACGACGACUGCUAUGCACUCCAGAAUACUGAGUCGAAAGUUCGAAGUUUGACUACACUUGGUUCGCUACCGUGA